AUGAAGUUUGAAAACAUUCUUGCAGAUAUAAAUGGAUUUGGAAGAUUUCAGAUAAUGAUCAUUGUCAUCAGCUUUAUUGGUCGCUUCACACUUCCCUGCCAUUUCAUGCUCAACAACUUUGUAGCGGCUGUUCCUUCUCACCACUGUGACAUCAGCUUUCUGGACGAUGAAAGAGAAGACAACACUUUAAGGAAUUUAUCCCCGGCAGAAAAGCUUGUUGUGAGUAUUCCUGUGCAGGACGAUGGGACUCCAACCUCUUGUUGGAUGUUUGCAGAGCCUCAGUAUCAACUGCUGCUCAACUCCUCAAACAUUACUGACCUACAAACAGUGCCGUGCCAGAAUGGAUGGGUGUACGACAACUCCACCUUCAAGUCUACUCUGACCUCAGAGUGGGACUUGGUGUGUGAUAGAAGAGGUAAAAACAAAGCUACAGCCACCAUCUUCUUUGUUGGAGUGAUGUUUGGAGCCAUGUCCUUUGGGAGUCUGAGUGACAGGUAUGGGCGGAGGAUCCUGCUUCUGGUGUCAUAUGUGACUGGAAUGCUCUUUGCCAUUGCCAGUGCGUUUUCUACCUCCUACGUGAUGUUUGUGGUACUGAGGUUCUUCACUGGGUUUUGCAUCACUGGCAUCGUCAUUGUCUCAGCAGUCCUCAGUGUGGAGUGGGUGGAUGUUGAGCACAGGAAACUGGUGGGAGUGGUUGACAGCUUAUCGUGGACAUUUGGGAACACAGUAUUUGCAGCUAUUGCGUACUUUGUGAACGACUGGAGAUGGCUCAUUGUUAGCGUCACCUCCCCUCUGAUCCUGGGCAUCAUCACCUGGAGGUGGAUGCCAGAAUCAGCGAGGUGGCUGAUUGCCAACGGGAAACUGGAGCAGGCUCAAGUGUAUUUGAAAAAAUGCGCCAAAAUGAACAAAAGAGAGGAUUCAACUGACGCACUCCAAAUAGAGACUCUUUCCACCAUUGUUGUGACUGAGAAAAGAGACAGAACCUACUCCUACCUCGAUCUGAUACGAACACCCAAAAUGAGGAGACUGGCUUUCAGUACUGGUACACUGUGGUUUUGUGUGGCCUACGUUUUUUACGGCAUCAGCUUCAACAUCACAGGCUUUGGGCUAAACAUCUACCUCACUCAGUUCACGUAUGCUUUAGUUGAGCUACCGGCUAAAGUAUCAGUGUAUUAUUUACUGGAUAAGAUAGGAAGGAGGAACACUGAGGUGGGAUCACUUCUUCUGGCUGCACUCUGUCUCGGCAUCAACAUUGUAGUACCUAAAGAUAUGUCCGUGGUCAGGACAGUGGUAGCCGUCAUUGGAAAAGGAUUUUCAUCAGCAUCCUUUGGAACUGUUGUCCUCUACAGUUCGGAGCUAUAUCCCACUGUAGUGAGGCAGAACGGUAUGGGCUACAACUCGUUCAUGGCUCGACUAGGAGUAGCGAUGGCUCCACUGAUUCUCUUACUGGACGAGGUGUGGAGGGACCUGCCACAGGUCGUCCUGUGCUGUGUGGCUUUACUAGGAGGACUGGUGGCAAGAACGCUGUCAGAGACAUGCAACCGGUACCUGCCAGAGACCAUAGAGGACAUUGAAGAGCACUGGUAGUGAACUCUGUCGCUGGAGCCGGUGUAUAUUUCAACUAGGACUAUUAGUGGUGCUGCGUACGCUUAGUGAAUAUGUACUUUUUGUGUUAUGGAGACAUUUGUUGGUUUGAAGGAUAUUUUGGGGCAAUGUGAAGGAGAACUUCAUCAGGCAGUUGAAUACUUUGAGUAACACUGAAUAGCAGCACUAUGCAAUGACUGUAUAAAUGUGGUAUUAGCUCAACACCUUCUUUAACUCAUGAUCCUUUAGAACUGUCACACCAACUCACAAGCCUAUGCAUCAGGUUACACACUGUAUACUGUAACAAGUGAAGCAUUAAUUAUUGAGUAUUACCUUUAUUGCUGAGUAUUUUGAUGGUAGUACAAUAGAUUUGUAAUUGAUUUUGAGAGAAACUGUUCAGAUUCUGAUUUUAGCUUCUUAAAUGUGAACAUUUUCUGGUGUCUCCACUCCUAUAUGAAAAUAAACUGAAUUUCUUUGAGCUGUGGACUUAACAUAUUCAAAUACAUCACUGUGUACCGUUAAUGGUGUAGAACAUUUGUAAACAAUUUUCUGGACCAAAAAAAAAUCAAUAAUCCAGAAAAUAACUGACAAACAACUUUUGUGAAAAGCCAGUGCUGACACAUUUUUUGUUUGAAAAACAGUUUC